AUGCGUUUCAAGCUACACGACGUUCACACUCGUCGUGGACUUUGUUGUUUAGCUAACUCUUACAUUUCUCCGUCUUCGUUGAAUUCUGGAAUCAGAGCUUUGAUUCAGAAAGGAGAGUAUCUACAAGCUCUGCAUUUAUACACUAAGCAUGAUGUUUCUUCUCCCUUGUGUACUUCCGUUUUCACAUUUCCUUCUCUUUUCAAAGCGUGUUCUUUUCUUACAAACCUCAGCUAUGGCAAAACAGUUCAUGCUUCGGUUAUCGUUUUGGGUUUGCGAUACGAUCCUUUCAUUGCAACUUCGCUUGUCAAUAUGUACGUAAAAUGUGGAUCUUUAGAUUACGCAGUCCAAGUGUUCGACGGUUGGUCUCAGAGUGGAGUUUCUGUUCGGGAUGUUACAGUUUGGAACUCUUUGAUUGAUGGGUACUUCAAAUUUCGCAAAUUUAAGGAAGGGAUUGAUCGUUUGCGUCGAAUGUUGGUGUUGGGCGUAAGACCUGAUGCUUUCUCGUUGUCCAUUGUUGUUAGUGUUUUGUGUAAAGAAGGAAACUUGAGGCGGGAAGAGGGAAAACAGAUUCAUGGGUAUAUGUUAAGGAAUUCGUUAGACGGUGAUUCUUUCUUGAAAACUGCUUUGAUAGAUUUGUAUUUCAAGUUUGGUUUAGCAACAGAUGCGUGGAGUGUGUUUUUGGAGAUUGAGGAUAAAUCGAAUGUUGUACUAUGGAAUGUGAUGAUUGUUGGGUUUGUUGAUAGUGGACGCUGUGACUAUAGCUUGGAGUUGUAUAUGCUUGCUAAGAAUAACAGUGUCAAGCUUGUUUCCACUUCAUUUACCGGAGCUCUUGGUGCGUGUAGUCGAAAUGAGAAUUUUGGUUUUGGGAGACAGAUACAUUGCGACGUUGUGAAGAUGGGACUUGACAAUGACCCUUAUGUUUGUACUUCUCUACUGUCAGUGUAUUCAAAAUGUGGUAUGGUUGGUGAGGCAGAAACUGUCUUCAGUUGCGUGAUGGAUAAAAGACUUGAAAUAUGGAACGCGAUGGUUGCAGCUUAUGCAGAAAAUGAUUUUGGUUACUAUGCUUUGGAGUUGUUCAGUUUCAUGAGGCAGAAAAGUGUCUUGCCUGAUUCUUUUACCUUGUCGAAUGUUAUAUCCUGUUGCAGCAUGUUGGGAAUGCAUGACUAUGGCAAAUCAGUUCAUGCGGAACUGUUUAAGAGACCAAUACAAAGUACGCCUACAAUAGAGAGUGCUUUGCUCACUCUCUAUUCCAAAUGUGGAUGUGAUACAGAUGCGUAUUCAGUCUUCAAAUCAAUGGAAGAAAAAGAUAUGAUUGCGUGGGGCUCCCUAAUCUCAGGACUUUGCAAGAAUGGGAAAUUCAAAGAGGCUCUGAAAGUUUUUGGGUCCAUGAAAGAUGAUGAUGAUAGCUUGAAACCUGAUUCUGAUAUUAUGACCAGUGUUAUAAACGCAUGCGCCGGAUUAGAGGCUCUCAGUUUUGGCCUUCAGGUUCAUGGCGGCAUGAUUAAAACUGGACUAGUGCUGAAUGCUUUUGUUGGCAGCUCCCUUAUUGAUCUGUAUUCUAAAUGUGGCUUACCAGAAAUGGCUCUCGAAGUUUUUAGCGGCAUGAGACCGGACAACAUUGUUGCCUGGAAUUCAAUGAUAUCUUGCUACAGCCGAAACAACCUUCCAGAACUAUCGAUAGAAUUUUUCAAUCUGAUGCUUAAUCACAGUGUCUUCCCAGAUUCAGUAUCCAUCACAAGUGUCCUUGUAGCAAUCUCAUCAACUGAAAGCUUGCUUCAAGGGAAAAGUCUACAUGGUUAUACAAUAAGACUCGGCAUUCCUUCUGAUACUCACCUGAAAAAUGCUUUGAUUGAUAUGUAUGCAAAGUGCGGUUUUUCGAAGUAUGCAGAGAGUAUCUUCAGGAAAAUGCAACAUAAAAGCUUGAUCACUUGGAACCUAAUGAUAUAUGGGUAUGGAUCCCACGGUGAUUGUCCUAGAGCAUUGAGCCUGUUUGAUGAAAUGAAGAAGGCAGGAGAAUCGCCUGAUGAUGUGACAUUCCUGUCUCUGAUUUCAGCCUGCAAUCAUUCCGGUUUUGUGCAUGAAGGCAGACACAUUUUUGAGAUCAUGAAGCGAGACUAUGGAAUCGAACCGAAAAUGGAGCAUUAUGCAAAUAUGGUGGAUCUUCUAGGACGUGCAGGUCGCCUCGAAGAAGCAUACAGUUUUAUAAAAGCAAUGCCUAUGGAACCAGACAGUAGCAUAUGGCUCUGCCUCUUGUCUGCUUCAAGAACUCAUCAUAAUGUGGAGCUUGGGAUAUUGUCUGCCGAGAACUUGUUGAGAAUGGAACCAGAAAGAAGCGGCAACUAUUUUCAGCUAAUCAAUCUUUACAUGGAAGCAGGAUUGAAGAACGACGCAGCAAAGUUGUUGAGUGAGAUGAAGGAGAAAGGCUUGCAGAAGAAUCCUGGUUGCAGUUGGAUUGAAGUAAGCAGUAGCAUUCAUGUUUUCUUUUCAGGAGGAUCGCGUUCUCCAAUGGCGACUGAGAUAUGCAAUGUAUUGAGUAGCUUAAAGAGUAACAUGAGAGAAGAAGUCAAGUCCACUUGA